AUGGCAGCAAAAGGACACAAAAACCUUGUCUGGGGGUGUUGCUCGAUUGGUCUGCAGGACCAGCACUAUAUGCAAUAUACAGAAUGCACCAAACUUUAUCAUCUUGAAUGUCUGUCAAUACCAAGCAAUGAAGACGAUCCUACCACGUCUACGUGGCUGUGCCCUCAAUGUCAUGGAACGCAAAAAUUGGGUAAUAAUGAUAACACCCCGGUUCGCUACAACCCAAAUAUAACUGUGAGAAAGAGGCAAGCUUUGAACUCCCCACCAAAGGCUUCAGAUGAAAGGCCAAUAACAAGGGACGAGAUGCAAGAAAUUAUCAAGGAUCGUAUAUCGUAG